GUUCUGUUGCGGUAUCUUGUGUCUGUUUUUGCGUUUGAAGUUUGAUUCGAUUCGAUUAUUCUUAUUCCAUAACUGAAUUUAUGUAACUUUCACUCAGUAAAAGUAGGCUACAGUAAACGAAAUAUUUAAAAUGUUUUUGUUUUGACAACAUCUAAAUUCUAUUGCAGUUAUUGUCCUAUACUUUUUUUGAAGUUAUGGUUGAUUCAAAGAGUAAAUAGGUUAUUCCAAGUGAGUGCUCUUCCAACCUAUUUUGAUGAAUUGUCAGUCUAAUGGAUUUUGUUUAUCUACAACAACAGCAAGUAUGUUUUGUUGGGGGAACACAACUAAUGGUGAACUAGGAUUGGGAGGAAUAGAAGACCAGCACAUUUUGGUUCCCAGGGAACUAAAUUUUAAGGAGGCCAACAAAGUCCACUAUGUUGCCUGUGGAAAAUCCCACAGUGUUCUCAUUACUGAAUCUGGUCAGAUAUUUUCGUGCGGUAGCAAUGAUUUUGGCCAGUUAGGACACAGUAAGCCUCAAACACGAUUUGAAGAAGUGGAUCGACUGAACAAUUAUGUGAUAACAAAAGUAUCCUGUGGCGAUCACCAUUCGGCAGCAGCCAAUGAAUGGGGUGAGGUGUAUACAUGGGGAAAAAACUCUCAUGGACAACUGGGUUAUUUAACUGCUGAAAAUUUGAAUGAACCAAAAAUAGUGAAGCACAUAGCGACUUGCUUUGUUGUUCAGAUUUCGUGUGGAUCUAAUCAUUGCCUUGCCUUGACAAAUAGUGGAGACCUGUAUUCAUGGGGUGCUAACGAAUGGGGACAACUGGGUAUUGGUCAUAAAACAAACUUGCAUAUUCCAACCAAGAUACCAUAUUUCGCUGGAAUCCCACUGGCUUUCAUAGCUUCUGGAGACAACCACAGCUUUGCUUUGUCAAAAUCAGGUGCAGUAUUUGGCUGGGGCAAGAACUGCUUCGGCCAACUGGGACUGAAUUCGGAUCAAAAUCAAAGUGUUCCAACCAAUCUGAAAACUCUGCGAUCAAUCAGAGUCAAGUACAUUGCUUGUGGCGAAGAUUUCUCAGUUUUCCUUACUCAGGAUGGUGGUGUGUUUACGUGUGGAGCUGGACAGUAUGGGCAGUUAGGACACGGAUCUCUCUCCAACGAGAUUCUACCUCGCAAAGUGCUCGAACUGAUGGGCAGUACGGUUACGCAAAUAUCAUGUGGCAGACGGCACACGCUGGCGUUCGUGCCGUCACGCGGACGCGUGUACGCGUUCGGACUGGGUGGGGCGGGGCAGCUGGGCUCUCGCGCUGUCCUCAACUCGAACACUCCCCAGGUGGUGCUCGGACCCUGGCUGUCCCCCUCCGGCGUCGCCCUCCUCCCGCCCCCCGCAUCCCUCAGUUCCGACUACGUCAUCCGUCGCAUUUUCGCCGGCGGCGAUCACUGCUUCGUCACCGUCAGAAAUCAACAGGAGAAUAUCCCGCCUGAAGACUUUCGAGUGUUCCAAGCAGAUUCACAAAUCAGUGCCUUGACGAUUGACCGAAUAAUAGAAUGUCAGAGCCUGCAACCAGACAGCCAUGUACCGGAUGAUUUAAUCACGUAUCUGGAAACGGUGAUGGGCAGUGUAGCAUGUAUCAAUGGAUCAUUCCUGGCCUCAGAAACCGAGAGUUUCAGUUGUCCACUUGAUGAUCACGGACUUGAUAUGGAGCAGGUGAAACAAUGCUUUGAAGCAAUCUCUCGUAUUGAACAUCAAUCAGUUAAUGACAUUAUAAAUGAGUACAUUUUCGACAGAGUAAUGAAGAGUCUGCACCCAUCGACGACGGAUGUGGAAACUCUGAGAAUAUACCUCAUUCUACCUCUCUUCCAUCAAUUUGUCAAUGCAAAGAACUCUGGCAGAUUGCAGGGUCCGUUCGGUACUGCGCUACUCAAUCUUAAACCUGAAGCCACGAAAAUAGUCGGUUUGUGGUACAGACGAAUGACCGCAGAAUAUUUUGAAAGACUGAUUCGAAUUUACCAGAAUGUACUUUUACUACAUUUGCAACCACCUUAUAAUAGCGAUAAAACUAAUGUUCAUUGGAAUGAGAAUAUGGAAAUAGCACUCGAAGUUCUCAAUCGACUGAACCAGUUGAAUCAAUUGACGCAGAAUAAAAAUAUGAAGAAGAAUGAGAACUUUGUCGGACUGAAAGUGCCUCAUGAUACAUUCUACCUCCCUGAGCUCACUGAGAAAGUUGAUUUGCGCGUUGACUAUGUAAGAUGGGCAUUGGAAAAACAAAGACAUUUGCAGGCAAGAAGAUACUUCUGCAACUUCCCGUUUUUGUUUGAUGCUGAAGCGAAACUGUCUAUCCUCCAAACAGAUCAGUCAUUACAGAUGCAAAGUGCAAUGCAAGAAGCAGCCACCCAGGCUUUCACUCAGUACUUAUUCACUCAAAUAAUCAAUCCUUCGGCAAGUCAGUUCCUUGAGCUGCAUGUAACCAGGCAAAACAUUGUCAAUGAUACUCUGCAAGGGCUAGCCAGUUCUUCAGAAAAGGAUUAUAAGAAGCCUUUGAAGGUGACGUUUGUUGGCGAAGAAGCAGAGGAUGCUGGAGGGGUGAGGAAAGAGUUCUUCAUGCUGUUGCUGAAAGAAAUUCUGGAUCCAAAGUACGGAAUGUUCCGAUCCUAUGAAGAGACCAACACUAUUUGGUUCAGUGAAUCAUCAUUCGAAGAUGAAGCUAUGUAUUAUCUUAUUGGUCUGCUGUGCGGUCUAGUCAUUUACAACUUCACAAUCAUCAGUCUACCGUUUCCAUUGGCUCUCUACAAGAAAUUACUUGGUGAGCCAGUCACUCUACAAGAUGUUGCUGAUCUCUCUCCAGUCAUGGCCAAAAGUCUGCAAGAUUUGCUGGAUUACAAUUUGCCUGACGUAGAAGAUGUGUUCUGUCUGAGCUUCGAAGUGACACGUGAGAUUUUCGGGGAGAUCAAGAGCUACGAGUUGAAGCCUGGUGGUAAGAGCAUUCCAGUAACCUCUGAAAACAAACAAGAGUAUGUGGAUUCGUAUGUUGAUUUUAUUCUGAACUCAUCGGUGCAACGACACUACAGAGCGUUCCAUCAUGCGUUCCACAAAGUGUGUGGAGGUCACGUGUUGAAACUGUUCCAUGCUCAAGAGCUGAUGGCUGUGAUAGUAGGCAAUGAAUGCUACGAUUGGGAUGAAUUUGAAAGCAGUGCCUCUUACAAAGGCGGCUACACGUCUUCUGAUGCCACCAUCCGGCUUUUCUGGGAGGUUUUCCAUGAAAUGUCGCAGGAGGAUAAGCGAAAGUUUCUGCUUUUCCUCACUGGCAGUGAUCGUGUGCCAAUUCAAGGCAUGAAAGGAAUCAAGAUAUUCAUCCAGCCCACAUCAGAUUCAGCUUAUCUUCCAGUCGCCCAUACCUGUUUCAACUUGCUUGACUUGCCACGCUACGGUACUAAAGAAAAAUUGAGAUACAAAUUGCUGCAAGCGAUACAGCAAAAUGUCGGCUUCUCACUCAUCUAAUAAUACUAAUUGAUCCAUAAGUAAUUAUUUUAUUCAAAUCUACCCAAAGUCUGCGAAAAUAAAGGUUGUAAAAUUUCAUAUCAGCAAUAUUUUCACAUUGUAUUAAAAUAUUGUACGGUCUAUUUAUACAGCUUAUUGAUAUUUCUUUGAAUAAUGUCCCAAAGCCUACAAUUGACAAAAAAGUACAUAAAAAUCUAGGUUCAUUGAUAGGAGUUUUCAUUUUAAUUUGCAAUUUUUCAUAGAUUCAAUUAUGCGUAUCCGCAUUUCAAAAUAAGUAAACUUGGUGCAAUUCUCCCUGAAUUUUUUCAAUCCUAUAAAUGGUGGAAGGUGACUAAGAGGUAGAUAAGAUAUAGUGCUGCAUUGGUUUGGAAUGCUGUGGUAUUUUGUAAGUAUCUAAGGGGAAAUUGCUAAUAAAUUGUAUAGCAGCUUUUAUGGGUGUUAGGUGCAAGCUACUAUAUAUCCAGAGGUUCGGCAUCUUAACAACUUUUACAGUAUAUUCAAUCAAUUAUCUAUCACUCAAGUUUAGUUUCUGAAUUUAAAAUAUCCUCAGCCUAUCAGGCGAUUAUUUUCUGAAAGUUUUGCUAUUUCAAGCGCGUGAUAACUAUUAUUAGUUUAAUGAGACGUUUCUUCCAGUAAAAUUUGUGAUAGCCCUAACUUUGAAUAGUCUUCUCAAUGAUAUUUGUAAUUUUUCUCGUUCAAUAUUCAAAAACUACUUUAUGCCAUUAGUGCUGCCAUUAAAAUGAUCAACUUUCCAAUAUGUUUCAAAAUGAUUCAAAUUAAUUUAUUUUUACUACCACUCAAGUUGAUUAGUUUUGUCUUUGGUGUAUUUCCACACAUUGGUUUGCAAACUGAAUACAGCAAUGAUUGCUUAACACAAAAUAUAUUGUGCUAUAUUAGAUACUUUCCAAUCUAGAUUACUAUAGUUGGCUCAGGCCAAGAAGUAAGCUAUCUGCCACAUUUGAACUAUGAGGGUAGGCGUCACCCUUAUAAGAAACUGUCUUUUUCGCUGAGGGUGAUGCCCACAUGAGAUCUAGGCUUGGGCGUGGGUAAUGAGGUGGAUGAUAAUGAGAGAUAGACCCACAGUUUUAGGUGGGUUUCGAACCACCGGGAAGCGAUUUUACAACUUAUGAAUCACAUUCAGAGGAGUUGGCUCAAGCGGUCACCCUUCCAACAGGAGUUGCAGGCGCAUGAUUCUUAACUUAUCCAAGCGAUAGCUGAUUGAAGAGAUAUUUAUUCACAUUUCUGAUUGAUUUAUAAUUUUUGAGUAAUUUUGUGUCCCGAAUAUAUAUAUGAUCACCUGAGACCUCAGUCCAUAGUGCCUUAUGGAAAUUAUGUCACUCCAUUUGUUUGAUGCGAUAGAAUUGUCAGGACAGCUUUUGUACUUUCAUUACCUAGAUGCCACAAUCAGCAAACGCAUUCUCAAGGCAAAUAUUAGUAACCACUAAUAAAAUAGUUGAGCACUGCAAUAAGAAUAAAUUAGAUGUGCGCACUGUGUCAGUAGUUAUGUUAACUGAUUUUUUUUCAACAUUCUUAUUCAAAUUAUAUUUCAAACUGCUUUAAUCAACUCAAUAAUAUUUACAAAAGUUAUCUCUUCAAAACCAUUCUAAAUGUCAAUUUUUCUCUUGAAAUAGUACACGUUUAAAAUCUUCAAACGUUCAUUAUGUUAAAAACGUUAUGAUAAAACUAUAGUUAUAGCAAAUAAAUAAAAAUUGUAAAUAAAAAUAGUGAUAGCAAUGUUCAAUCGAUGUGAUAUUAGAAUAGUUGAACCUCACCAGUUUGCAACUUGUGGUAAGAUUAUUCAAUUGAUAGAAACAAGCGACAGGCUAUAGUGUGUUAUAAUGUGUCUUAUUGAACAAGUUACCUUUCAACCAUUGCAAAUAAUAAUAAUUAUAUUCUUAUAGUGAAGACGAUUGUUACAUAGCUUGAUCAAGCUUUAUUUUUAUAGCACUUGUAUUCCUAAGAAUCAAGAUUUUUGUAAAGUGCAUCAGUUGAAAUUUAUCACUAGCAAUAAUAAUUUAUUCCUAUGUAUAAUCCUGGUCUUACCUAUAGGCGUUGAAUGUUCAAUUUAUUGAUUAUAUUUUUGUGGUUCAAUUCCAUUCCACUGUUAUAUGAUGAUAGUAUUAAUUUAUAGAUUGUUGAAACCUAUUAUUUUUUAUCUGUAAUUUCGUUAUUCAAAAUCUAUUUUCAUUUUCUCUUUAGCAAUAAUUAUUGAAUGUAGCCUUUUGUUUCAUUCCGUUAUAGGAAGUUACAGUAUCUAAUAUUCAUUGAAUGACUUCAACUAUAUAGUAUUAAAUGUUCAGUUACUAAGCCACUGCGCACUAACUUGAAUUAUUCUGUAGCAGGCUACAAAAUCAUUAUUCUAUACUUUUUUGUCAGAUGGAAAAUGACUUCAUUUGAUUUUUGAAGGUUGACGCAUAAACCACAAUGAAAAAAUAUACAGUUAGUAAAGUUUUAAUAAACUUGAAGCGUACUUGUACUUUACUAGACUUCUGUUUUAGACAUUAUUUAACAAAUAUAAUAAUUUUCUCUUGUUUAAUAAAAAUAAACGUAUUCCUCUAUUAUUUUAUACUUCACUAAUCUAUUUUUGAUUUAUUUCAAAAUAUUCUAAAAAGGUUUUCUGACUUUUGCAUAUUAAGGUAUAUUGUCAUUCUAAGAUAGGUACAAAAAAUUGAUGAUUCAAUCACUUCAAUUGUUAUAAUCAUUUCAUCAUUAUACAUUUCUUAAUACAGUAAGCAUUCAUUUUCCAUUUUUUUUAAGUAAUCUAUUUAAUUUUUUGUAAUUGAAAAAUGUAUAAUGUAAAAUGUAGAAACGUUUCUAAAUGAAACCACAGACUUUGUGAUCCCACAACUUAGUCUGGUUUUCUCAUUAUUCAUUAAAACUGAGAUCAACACUUGUGUGUACGCAAAUUAAAUUGUAUCAUAUACCUCACUAAAGUAGAGCCUACUCAUCUUAAUCGUUACUCAAACAUCUAUACUCCAUAUCUAUAUUAUAAAAUUUGAAAUUAACUCCAAAAUUCAUACCCGGCUAGUAAAUCAAAAGAUAGUCGCAUAGUAAUUAACAAAGUUCAUCAGCAAGAUAUGUAUCAAUUUAUAGUCUACUUUUUAAUUAAUUUGUUACUCUUUUAAAUCUACCUCGAUCAGUACAAGAGUGGUAUGUAAUAAAUUUUCACUAUCCUCUUGUAUAUCAUUCCUUUAUCCCUAGAAGUGAUUUUCCCCAUUGCUCUGCCUAUGUUUUAGUUUCAUUUAGAUUUCAUUCGUUCUAGUUAUUAAUUAGUAUCUUUCCAUAUUUCAUUUUGUUUUCUUUCAAUGACGGCGCAGCAAAUAAUGACUCACAUUAGCAAGCUCAUUCAUUUCCAUUGACGUUUGCUGCAACUGUAAAUUGAAAAGUGCCUUGAUUUAUCUGGAAUUGUGUACUCAAUUUAUAAAUACAGUACUGUACUGUUGCAGAGAACGUUCGCUUGUAAAAACCUUUUGUAAAUGCAUUUUGAGUUAAUAAAGUCGUUGAUUUUAUCAGUUAAA